AUGGCGGGGAAUACUGCUAUCCCUGCGAAUGAGAUCGAGCCUCAGUAUCCUGUACAAGAGACUGAUCGUGUCCCAAGUCAGAUGAAGCUGCACGAGCAGCAAGGUGAACCGCUCUUUCUGGGAGAGAGCACAACCAGCUGCACCGGAGCCAGCUACGAUGACUUCCUCUCAAGGCCGUAUCUGGAUGGUCUGGAAGACAACAGGUUGAUGACUCAAAGUCAGAAAUCACAUCUAGUCUCACAAUCAACGAACCAAUGGUCUAAGCUUUUAGACAGGCUUGGGCAAUGGUUUGAGCGGCAACCUAUGUAUCGAUUCGCUCAUGUCUUGCAUGGGGAGGACGGGGAAGACGGGCCUACGAGGACAGACAUAACCAGGACGUGUGGUGGUCUAUCAUCACCACGGUCCACUGGCGUGUUUUCCCCCACGCUUACGUUACGGGACCACGGGGGGUCGCGCCCUGCCGUCGCUGUGUGCUAUCACCGGGGAUGGCACGUUGCCAUCCUUGGGUUGGAGAGCAACGGCGUCCUUGAUUUAAUGGUGACUUUAAGGGAGGCAGUUGAGAGUGGACUUGCACCUCGGCACAACCUCGCCGCAUGGCUUCCGGCCGCACGACCUGAACAGAAUUAUAUGAGCAAGCAAAUGAGCGAAGAGCAUGAGAGGAGGGCAAAGGACAGUCUCCAGAGAAAACUGCACCGGAGAGGCGAAUGGAGACGGCCGCGGGCUACAUUAGAGCCGGAAGACAUAUAUGAUCAGCCACCCUACCUCGCAGCAUGGGAAUGGCGGAGGCGGCAUUCCUCCUGCGGAUACUGA